AUGCCCGCCGAUAAGCCUCCCACCGUGCCACCCGAGAUCGACAUCCCCAACCCGGGCAAGUCGGAGCAGUUCUGGAUCGAGACCGACUACUCGGACAAGACUCGCUUCUGGGCUAAGCGCUUCUAUCCCACCGACUCGUCGGCCGGCGAUGAGGAGAUCCAACCCAAGGCGACCACCAUCUUCGUGCACGGCUUCGUAGAGUAUGUAGACCGCUACCGCAACAUCUUCAAGCUGUGGCCCAGCAAGGGUCACGAGAUCCUCGGCUUUGACCAGCGCGGUUGGGGCAACACCUGGCGAAAUUCGCCCAAGCCGGACGGCAACUACGGCAACACCACCUGGCCGCAGCAGUUCCAGGACCUCGAAUUCGUUAUUCGCCAGACACGUCAACGCUUGGACCAGCGAUGGGGUGCCAACAAGGUGCCCAUCUUCCUGCUGGGCCACAGCAUGGGUGGAGGCAUUGUGACGGCCUUCCACACGCGCAGCGAAGAGUGGGUCAAGCAGCACGGCGGUAAUGGCCCAACGCAGGAGGCCAAGGAGAUGGUUGCAGGUGUCGUGGCCAGUGCUCCCUGGCUGACACUCACCAAGCCCCCUGCAUGGUUCAUCAUCUGGGGCGCAUCCAAGCUGCUGGCCCUGAUGCCGGAGAUCCACUGGAACGUCGAUCUUCUCGGCAAGAACAUCUCGCGAGACCCCGUGGUGGCAAGCAACUUUGAGAACGACCCGCUCUCGGACAAGAAGGUGUACCUCAAGGCCAUCCAGGGUCCGCUGCAGGGAGGUAUGGACAUGGUGGACAAAUCGCACAAGAAUUGGCCCGAGUCGAAACCGUACCUCAUCGUGCACGGCACCGGCGACUUGAUCACAAGCCACAAGGGCUCGCAGACCAUCAUCGAGCGCAUGCAGGCGAAAGACAAGACGCUCAAGCUGUUUGACGGCUACUAUCACGACUUGCUCAACGAGCCUGGCCAGGAUAAGGUGGUGGUCGGCGAGUAUGUCAUCAACUGGUUGAACAGCCACCUGUGA